UUUCGUUCAUGAAGGUAGCCAUUGAUUUGUUUGUAAUACAAUCUGUGAUGUAAUUGCAUGUCUGUAUCAGCUUUUCCAUGGUCUUCCCUGGGAAAUGGUAUAGUAUUUUAUCAUAAUCUAUGGGCUUGUUUCGAUAUUCGUUCUUGAGUAUUUUCUUAAGAGCCUUGACCUCUCGAAAUGAAAACUUCUUGCAACUAAGUUUCUGGAUUCUUUCAAUCAACUUUUUGUACCCAGUUUUCCACUCAACUUUGACUUCUAAAGCAGUCACUCUUUUAUCACGAUUAGAUAGAAUUUUCGGGUCCAUUAUAAGAAGGUCUUCCAAUUGGAUAACACCUUGUUUCUCAAGAGCUCUAAUAGCUGCGAAGAGUUUCUUAUCCUGAUUCUUGUCCCAUCUUAUCAUUUUUCUCUUGUUUUUAGGAGAAAGAGGAAAAUCGAAUUGAGCUUCCUCUUCUAUCUCGUCUACUCUGAAGUCAUCACCAAUAGAUUGAGCAUACUUAUUCUCUUCUAGCUGUACGUCCAUCUUUGGUUCCUUUUCUAUUAAAGUUCUGUUAGUUGCUCGGAGUUCUUUCAUAAAUUCAGAAUUAGCACAAUUAUUAUCUGUUGUCUUUAUUAAGCCAGUUUUUGAAUCCAAAGCCUUCUUUGAGUUUCUUUGGGUCUUAUCCGGAAGAUCAAUAGGAUUUUCGUGAUCUUUAAAAUUCAUAUUUGAUGGGAUAUUUUGAUCAAUAUCCUGUUCCAGGCGUUCUCAAACGAGUUCAGUAGAUAUCUGAGUUAGUAUUCUUUGCUUUUCCUUAAACGGUUUCAAAUCCCUAUUUUGCUUUAUUGCUUUUGAGAAGUCCUGAAUGCUUCAAAUAAAUAAGUUCUUGUGAAAAUUUGAAGCACUAAAUCUCUGAAAAGCCCAGUUGAUUGGCUGCUGGUAUUCACCAUAACAAUUAUGUGUCGACUUAAAGUUGAUGUGAGCGGUCUAAAAUAUUCACAAAUUUGGGAUGAACUUGAAGUUAAAUUAAAAAUUUUCUUUGAAUAAUUCUUAAAAAUGCAGGAAUUAUAAAAACUUUACCUUUAAAUCAGAAGCUAAAAUUUAACCAAAUAGAUUAGAUACUGUUGAGAGUUAGUAUUCAAAGCGUUUACACAAGAAAAAUUGUGAUUGCGACCAUAACUAUCACUUUAAUAUAAAUUGUUAAGCAGUGGAAUACUAUCAUUAAGCUAACUGGGGUUCUUAAUUUUUAAUAAUAGUUUUAUAAAUUUUAAACGACCAUACUUGCUCUAAAUUGAUGUGUAUUCCUCUAAUUUCAUUGCUUUCUUUGAUAUUUGUGCCUAAAUUAUCAGUUUUGCAAAAGUUAUAUUUUUUUCUCAUAGAAAUCGUAAAAUAAGAUAGCUCAAUUUUUUAUUUCUAAAGGGAUAAAUAAAAAUUUGAUAUCUUCAAGUUUGUGACCAAGGAG